GCUGCUGUGGGCUCCAGCAUCCAGCACGGCUAGCAAACAGAGAAGAAGCGAAGCGAGCAUCGAACCAUCCUCUUAUCCGAACCAACCGGCAUAAACUCGUAAAGCAACCAUGCAUCUGUGUUCCAUUCCCUUCUGCGGGCUCCUCUUCAUCUUACACCUGCAGCUGUCCACCACGUAUCCCAUCGGCACUGGAUCGGCGGACUCUAACCUGGACAUCUUACAGGAGCUCCUCCAGAGACUGGAGCAGUCGGUCUCCGACCAGACCGCGGUCGACGAGGCGGCGGCCUCCGAGAAGGAGAGCGUGGACGUCCAGGACCUGGAGCGCCAGGCGCUCGGGUGGUCGUCGGAAGCGGACGGACGUCGGCGAGAAACGGACGAGGCCGUCAUCAGGGAACUCCUUUCGCCCAAGAACCUGAAGAGCCUCCGCAACGACUCGUCCAGGAGGUCCUCAGGCUGCUUCGGGAGGCGGAUGGACAGGAUAGGCUCCAUGAGCUCCCUGGGCUGUAACACUGUUGGCAGAUUCAACCCAAAGUGAAGAUGAAGUCUUACCUCCUACACCUGGAACUGCGACGUCUCUAACAAAAGACAUUUUUAUUUCAACGCUAUUUAUUUUAUUAUUUAUUGUUUUGUGCCUUACGUGGAUAUUUAUUCGAAUGGAUGUUAAGUGUUGUUGAUGUUUUAAUAAAUGCGUGUAACUCCAUAUUAAACUCCGUAAUGUUUACAA